AUGCCUGUCCUCACAGACGAAGAAAAAUAUAUGCUGAAGGGUUCUGCCGACUUCUGGGGCGUCAACACGUACGGUGGCCAUGUUGCCGUAUGGAACGACAAGAAUAUUGAAGACUACGAGCCAGGUGAUAAUGUCGUCGGACGUUACUCAUUCAGCCCUUGCUCUGCUGGGGCAGACCAGACGCACGUCGACGAUCAUGAGUUCGAGUGUGGUGCAGCUUCAGGCUGGCUCUGGGCAAAGCCGGACUCCAUGCGGAAGUAUUUGAAUUUGGUGAAAGACUACUACGGUGUCGAAAACAUUUUCGUGACUGAGUUUGGAGUCGACGUUGCUAAUGAAAGUGACAUGUCCAUGGAUGAGGCACUUGUCGACACCUAA